CUGACUGCAACCUGCCAAUGAGAGAGGGAGAGAGGGAGACAGAAAGAGGGGAGAAAGAGAGAGAGAAAGAGCGAGAGAAUCGCAGGCUACCAUUCCGUCAAGCCUCCAUCCCUUUUUCUUCCCCUCCCCGAAGCCCUAUGAAUCCCUACACGUUUAAAGGAGGAUAGGGUGAAUUCAGAGGAUUUUUUUUUAUUAUUAAAAAAAACACCGCUCCUCCCCUCUUGAUUUUCCUGCGCAGUGGAUGGUUUUUGUGCAGCAGCAGCAGCAGCAGACGCCCGAGCGUGUAGAGCAGGUGUGAGAGUCAGCGGCGACCGCUCCUCUCCUCCCUGUUUCCAAGGGGAAAUGUCGAGCGAGAAGCCGGUUUCAGCACCGCCGGGCUCUGCUUCCUCGCUCACGGACACAGACCGAGACUCCCAUCCUCCGCCGGGCUCCUCCGCGCAGCAGCAGCAGCAGCAGCAGGUCGCAGCGGGCGCUGGCUCCGGCUCCACCGGGGAAAGGAUGGUGUCCGCAGCCGGCUCCAUGGUUCUCCCCGCCGGGGUGAUUAACCCCGCGGUUCCGAUCAGGAAUAUCCAGAUGAAAUUCGCCGUCCUGGUGGGCCUGAUCCAGGUCGGGGAGGUUAGCAACAGGGACAUCGUGGAGACGGUGCUGAACCUGCUGGUGGGCGGCGAGUUCGACCUGGAGAUGAACUUCAUCAUCCAGGAGGCGGAGAGCAUCGGCUGCAUGGUGGAGCUGCUGUCCCACUGCGAGGUGACGUGCCAGGCCGAGAUCUGGAGCAUGUUCACGGCCAUCCUCCGCAAGAGCGUGCGCAACCUGCAGACCAGCACCGAGGUCGGCCUCAUCCAGCAGGUGCUGCUGAAGAUGAGCACCGUGGACGACAUGAUCGCAGACCUCCUGGUGGACAUGCUGGGAGUCAUGGCCAGUUACAGCAUCACAGUGAAGGAGCUGAAGCUGCUCUUCAGUAUGCUGAGGGGAGACAAUGGCGUCUGGCCGAGACACGCCAUCAAGCUCUUGUCGGUGCUGAACCAGAUGCCUCAGAGACACGGCCCUGACACCUUCUUCAACUUCCCAGGCCGCAGCGCAGCGGCCAUCGCGUUGCCACCAAUUGCCAAAUGGCCGUACCAGAACGGAUUCACCAUCAACACCUGGUUCAGACAGGAUCCACUCAACAACAUCAAUGUUGACAAAGACAAACCGUACCUCUACUGCUUUCGCACCAGUAAAGGAAUAGGGUACUCCGCUCACUUUGUGGGGAACUGUCUGAUCGUGACAUCGUUGAAGUCAAAGGGAAAAGGUUUCCAGCACUGUGUGAAAUACGAUUUCCAACCCCGCAAGUGGUACAUGAUCAGCAUCGUGCACAUCUACAACCGCUGGAGGAACUCCGAGAUCCGUUGCUAUGUCAAUGGUCAGCUGGUCUCCUACGGUGAUAUGGCCUGGCACGUCAACACAAAUGAUAGCUAUGACAAAUGUUUCCUGGGUUCGUCAGAGACGGCGGAUGCAAACAGAGUGUUCUGUGGUCAGCUCGGAGCUAUUUAUGUUUUCAGUGAAGCUCUCAACCCAGCUCAGAUCUUUGCUAUUCACCAACUUGGCCCGGGAUACAAGAGCACGUUCAAGUUCAAGUCGGAGAGUGACAUCCACCUGGCCGAGCACCACAAGCAGGUGUUGUACGAUGGGAAGCUGGCCAGCUCCAUCUCCUUCACCUACAACGCCAAGGCAACGGACGCACAGCUCUGCCUGGAGUCGUCGCCCAGGGAAAACCCUUCCAUCUUCGUCCACUCGCCGCACGCUCUCAUGCUCCAGGAUGUGAAGGCCAUUGUUACCCACUCCAUCCACAGCGCCAUCCACUCUAUAGGAGGCAUCCAGGUCCUGUUCCCUCUCUUCGCUCAGCUGGACUACAAACAGCUCAAUGACAGCAGCGUGGACACCACGGUUUGUGCUACUCUGCUGGCGUUCCUGGUGGAGCUGUUGAAAAGCUCAGUGGCCAUGCAGGAGCAAAUGCUGGGAGGGAAGGGCUUCCUGGUGAUUGGAUACCUGCUCGAGAAGUCGUCACGGGUCCAUAUCACGCGGGCGGUGCUCGAACAGUUCCUGUCCUUCGCCAAGUAUCUGGACGGUUUACCUCAUGGAGCGCCCCUCCUCAAACAGCUCUGUGACCAUGUCCUCUUCAACGCUGCCAUCUGGAUACACACCCCUGCCAAGGUCCAGCUCUCCCUCUACACGUACCUGUCAUCGGAGUUCAUCGGCACCGCCACCAUCUACACCACCAUUCGCCGUGUCGGAACCGUCCUGCAGCUCAUGCACACUCUCAAGUACUACUACUGGGCCAUCAACCCUUUGGAGUGCAGUGGAAUCACCCCGAAAGGUCUUGACGGACCGCGGCCAUCUCAAAAGGAGAUCAUCUCGCUCAGAGCCUUCAUGCUUCUCUUCCUCAAACAGCUCAUACUGAAGGACCGGGGCGUGAAGGAGGACGAGCUGCAGAGCAUUCUCAACUAUCUGUUAACCAUGCACGAGGAUGAGAAUAUUCAUGACGUGCUCCAGCUGUUGGUGGCCCUGAUGUCCGAGCACCCGGCGUCCAUGAUCCCCGCGUUUGACCAGAGAAAUGGCAUAAGGGUGAUCUGCAAGCUCCUGGCCUCUAAGAGUGAGAGCAUCCGGGUCCAGGCCCUCAAAGUUCUGGGCUAUUUCCUUAAGCACCUCGGUCACAAGAGGAAGGUUGAGAUCAUGCACACGCACAGUCUGUUCACGCUGCUCGGAGAGAGGCUGAUGAUGCACACCAACACCGUCUCCAUCACCACCUACAACACUCUGUAUGAGAUCCUCACGGAGCAGGUGUGUACUCAAGUGGUCCACAAACCCCACCCUGAGCCUGACUCCACCGUCAAGAUCCAGAAUCCCAUGAUUCUGAAAGUAGUGGCCACCCUACUGAAAAACUCCUCUCCCAGUGCCGAGCUGAUGGAAGUGCGGAGACUCUUUCUCUCGGACAUGAUAAAACUCUUCAGCAACAGCCGCGAAAAUCGACGCUGCUUGCUGCAGUGCUCUGUGUGGCAGGACUGGAUGUUCUCCCUCGGAUACAUCAACCCCAAGAACCCGGAGGAGCAGAAAAUAACCGAGAUGGUGUACAACAUCUUUAGGAUCCUACUGUACCACGCCAUCAAAUACGAAUGGGGAGGGUGGAGGGUCUGGGUUGAUACCCUGUCCAUCGCGCAUUCUAAGGUGACCUAUGAAGCCCAUAAGGAGUACUUGGCUAAGAUGUACGAAGAGUACCAGCGUCAGGAGGAGGAGAACAUGAAGAAGGGAAAGAAAGGCUCCGUGUCCACCAUCUCCGGCCUUUCCGCCGCACCCGCCCCGGUCGUCAAUGGCAACCUAGAGAUUGACGACAACUCCCAGACACAGACGCCGGAGAGCGAGGCAGAGUACAGCGAGGGGGCCGGAGGAGAUUCGCGCAACCUACUUGCAGAGGGCGCCGUGAAACGGCCAAACGGAGAGGCCCUGACGCCUGGGGAGCAGAGCGCCGGUCCGGGGGUGAGGGUGGAGGUCCACGACCUACUGGUCGACAUCAAAGCUGAGAAAGUGGAGGCCACGGAGGUGAAGCUGGACGACUUGGACCUUUCUCCAGAAGGUCUCGGUGGAGGUGUAGGUGGAGGAGGCGGGGGAGGAAUGGAAAAUGGACCUCUGGUGGAGGUGGACUCUCUCCUGGACAGUGCUUAUUGCAGCGUGGUUCAGAACCUAAAUGGGAAUCUGGCGCCAAAAGACGACACGCCGGGCUCGGGGGUUGGAAUAGGGUCAGGCCUGGGGCUUUCUGGGGUCAGCCUGGAGGACGACGGAAACAUGGGUCCGCUCAUCACAUUGGCGGACGAGAAAGACAGUGUUCCAAGCAACAACGGAUUUCUCUUCAGCAAGGUUGACGAGAAGCUACUUCCAGCUCUGGCAGCCACAGACCCCCUUGUACUACCGAGCCCCGACCAGCCUACCCCGUCCGGCCCGGUCCCGGCUCACUCGACCACCAGCGCCAGCGAUGACCUCAGCCUGCUGGCCCACAUGACUAGCUGCGGGUCCGACUUAACACAGAGUCACACUUCUGGGGAGCUUCCCGAGGACGGACCCUUCAAGAUCCAGAGCCCGCUCGCCGACAUCAGCUCCAUUGCCGAGGCUGAGAGCCAAGCCCAGAUCCAGGGAGGAGCGUCCAGAGCAGAUUUCUCAGAAGGAGAGGUCACACCUGGGCCGGAGGGAGAGGCUGCAGGGCUGAAGACCGGAGGUGACACAGCCAGCACCACCUCUGAUACCGAGAGGUCGGAUGAUGGGAAGGACAAGGACAUUAAGAAGAUCCAAACAACUGCAACCACUCAGGCCCUCCACGGUCGCACCGCAGCACAGCUGGAGCGGGACCUGCGCGUCGACCUGGGUUUCAGGGGUAUGCCGAUGACGGAGGAGCAGCGGCGUCAGUUCAGCCCUGGCCCGCGCACGACCAUGUUCCGCAUCCCAGAAUUCAAGUGGUCGCCAAUGCACCAGAGGUUGCUCACUGAUCUGCUGUUUGCCCUGGAGACAGAUGUGCAUGUUUGGAGGAGCCACUCCACCAAGUCAGUGAUGGAUUUCGUGAACAGCAAUGAAAACAUCAUCUUCGUCCACAACACAAUCCACCUCAUUUCUCAGAUGGUGGACAACAUCAUCAUUGCCUGUGGAGGCAUCCUGCCUCUCCUGUCUGCCGCCACCUCCCCUUCUAGUUCUAAGAGUAGUGCCAACACUAAGGCAGGAGGAGCCGGACCCCAGAGGGGGUCAAAGGGAGAGGAGGUGACCCCUGUUCCUGGGGGAGGAGGCGCAGGGGGAGAGACGGAGCUGGAAAACAUCGAGGCGACGCAGGGCAUGUCUUCUGAGACGGCCGUCACUUUCCUGUCUCGUCUCAUGGCCAUGGUGGACGUGCUGGUGUUCGCCAGCUCCCUCAACUUCAGCGAGAUCGAAGCAGAGAAGAACAUGUCGUCAGGAGGGUUGAUGAGACAGUGCCUCCGCCUGGUAUGCUGCGUGGCAGUCAGGAACUGCCUGGAGUGCAGGCAGAGACAGCGAGAUCGCAGUUGCAAGUCCUCCAUAACCAGCAGCAAGUCGCAGGACAGCCUCCACAGUGCCUCCACCGCCAGCAAGCAGGACCCAGACAGACUCCUGCAGGAUGUAGACAUUAAUCGUCUUCGAGCUGUGGUUUUCAGAGACGUGGAUGACAGCAAGCAGGCACAGUUUCUGGCACUGGCAGUUGUGUACUUCAUCUCAGUUCUCAUGGUGUCAAAGUAUCGGGAUAUUUUGGAGCCCCAGAGAGAGAUAGGCCGGUCUACCAGCCUAUCGGGGAGAAGCAUCCGCCAUGAGAUCAACUCCCCAACCAGUACAGAGCACCCGUCCACGGGCUUUUCUGAUCGGGACAAGCAGACCCCCACCCCUGUGGAUGACUCCCCCCGGGCAGGCCUCCCUCACACGGACUCGGGCAUUGGGGAGGAGGGCCACGUGGCCGGAUCCCUGAACGGCUCGGAGAUGGGUCUGGGGCUCGGGCUCGGCCUGGUGGGGAGAGAGACAGACAGAGACCGAGACAGGGACAUUGGAGGAGGAGGAGGCAUCGGCGGAGGAGGUGGAGGCACGGACCUGUUGUGCAGUCUGGCGGAUGUUAGGAGAUCACAGGAGAGCCUUCUGGAUUCUCCACACAACCCCAGCUCCAACCCCAACUCCAGCCAAGCCCCGCCCUCAUCCAUAUCCAGCAUCAGUCAGACAAACAAAGGCAUCAAUGUUAAGGAGAUCCUGAAGAGCUUGGUGGCGGCUCCCGUUGACGGUGGGGACUUGGGACAGGAGUCCGGGCCGACGCCCUACCAUCCCGACCCGGCGCUGAAGACGCACCCCAUGCUGCCCAUGCAGUUCCACUCCUUUGACAGGAGUGUUGUGGUCCCGGUCAAAAAGCCUCCGCCUGGAAGUCUGUCGGUGAACACCGUGGGCACGCCCACCACCGGUGGCGCAGCCACUGCUGGAAGCACCCCCAACAUUUUUGCUGCUGCGACAGCAACGCCCAAGAGCAUGAUCAACACUACAGGUGCCACAGACUCGGCCUCCUCGUCCUCGUCCUCCUCCUCGUCUUUCGUCAACGGUGCCACGAGUAAGAACCUGCCAGCGGUUCAGACGGUGGCGCCCAUGCCAGAAGACACCAUGGAGAAUAUGAGUUCCUAUUGUGAGGUGGCGCAGUGUGCGCUGCGCAGCGGUCAGACGCCCCCUGAGCUCAAGUCUUUUAGCUCUCUGGCAGGCUUCCAGGCUGCCCCCCGAGAUGCAGGACAGUGUUUUAGCAUCACCACCAAGCUGGAGCGCGCCCUGGAGAAGGUGGCCCCCCUGCUGAGGGAGAUUUUCGUGGACUUUGCCCCCUUCCUGUCCAGGACGCUGCUGGGUAGCCAUGGGCAGGAACUGCUCAUUGAAGGUACAGGUCUGGUGUGUAUGAAGUCUAGCACGUCUGUGGUGGAGCUCGUAAUGCUGCUCUGUUCCCAGGAGUGGCAAAACUCCAUUCAGAAGAACGCCGGACUGGCCUUCAUUGAGCUCAUCAAUGAGGGAAGGCUCCUCUGCCACGCCAUGAAGGAUCAUAUCGUGCGCGUGGCCAACGAAGCGGAGUUCAUCCUGAACAGGCAGAGGGCCGAGGAUGUGCACAAGCAUGCUGAGUUUGAGUCCAACUGUGCCCAGUACGCUGCGGACCGGAGAGAGGAGGAGAAAAUGUGCGACCACCUCAUCAGCGCCGCCAAGCACAGAGAUCACGUGACUGCUAACCAGCUGAAACAGAAGAUCCUCAACAUCCUGACCAAUAAGCAUGGAGCGUGGGGGACGAUGUCACAGAGCCAAUUACACGACUUCUGGCGUCUAGACUACUGGGAGGAUGAUCUGAGGAGGAGACGGAGAUUCGUGCGAAACGCCUUUGGGUCCACUCACGCUGACAUAUCCCUCAAAGCGCUAGAGGACUAUGGUACAGAAGAAGAGGAGGAGGGGCUUAAAUCCAAAAAGAAUUUCCGCAGCCAAUCGGUGGUCACCCAGAACCCGGAGGCGGAGCUGAUGCUGGAGGGAGACGACGACGCCGUCAGUCUGCUGCAGGAGAAAGAGAUCGAUAACCUCGCUGGCCCCGUGGUUCUGAGCACUCCAGCUCAGUUGGUAGCUCCCGUGGUGGUAGCUCGAGGCACUCUGUCCAUCACCACUACUGAGAUCUACUUUGAGGUAGACGAAGAGGAUCCUGCCUUCAAGAAGACGGACCCUAAAGUGAGAGUGCUGGCCUAUUCAGAGGGUCUGCACGGCAAGUGGAUGUUCAGUGAGAUCCGAGCGGUGUUUUCCAGACGCUACCUGCUGCAAAAUACUGGACUAGAAGUCUUCAUGGCCAACAGAACGUCUGUGAUGUUUAACUUCCCUGACAACGCCACAGUCAAACGGGUAGUCUACAGUCUCCCACGGGUGGGAGUUGGAACGAGUUACGGCCUGCCACAAGCCAGGCGGAUUUCCCUGGCCACUCCUCGUCAGCUCUUCAAGUCGUCCAACAUGACGCAGCGCUGGCAGAGGAGAGAGAUCUCCAACUUCGAGUACCUCAUGUUCCUCAACACCAUUGCAGGGAGGACUUACAAUGACCUGAACCAGUACCCCGUCUUCCCCUGGGUCUUGACCAACUAUGAUUCAGAGGAGCUCGAUCUCACUCUGCCCGGCAACUUCAGAGACCUUUCCAAGCCGAUUGGUGCGCUUAAUCCCAAGCGUGCGGCAUUUUACGCAGAGCACUACGAGACGUGGGACGACGACAGCACUCCAUCCCACCACUACACAACCUUAUACUCCACCGCUCAUUCAACGCUGAUGUGGAUGCUUAGAAUAGAGCCCUUUACGACAUUUUUCCUCAACGCCAACGAUGGCAAGUUUGACCAUCCGGACAGAGCCUUCUCUGGCAUCGGCCGCUCGUGGAGGAACUGCCAGAGGGACACGGCUGACGUCAAGGAGCUGAUCCCAGAGUUCUACUACUUGCCGGAGAUGUUUGUGAACAGCAACGAGUACGAGCUCGGCGUACGGGAUGACGGCGUCCCUGUGUGUGACGUGGAGCUUCCUGCGUGGGCCAAGAAACCUGAAGACUUUGUCCGCAUUAACCGCAUGGCGCUGGAGAGUGAGUUUGUGUCGUGCCAGCUCCACCAGUGGAUCGAUCUAAUAUUUGGCUACAAGCAGCGGGGGCCCGAAGCAGUCCGAGCUCUCAACGUGUUCAACUUCUUGUCUUAUGAGGGAGCGGUCAACCUCGACAAUGUAGAGGCCGUGCAGCGUGAGGUGAUUGAGACCCAGAUUCAGCUCUGUGGUCAGGUCCCCUCCCAGCUGCUGAUAGAGCCACACCCACCUCGCUCCUCCGCCAUGCACCUGUGUUUCCUUCCCCAGAGCCCUCUGAUGUUUAAGGAUCAGAUGCAGCAGGAUGUCAUCAUGGUGCUCAAGUUUCCCUCCAACUCCCCCGUCACACACGUCGCCGCCAACACGCUCCCCCACCUCAGCAUACCGGCGGCCGUCACCGUCACGUGUAGCCGGCUGUUUGCCGUAAACCGCUGGCACAACACAGUCGGCCUCCGUGGAGCCCCGGGCUACUCCCUAGAACAGGCUCAUCAUCUACCCAUUGAGAUGGACCCCCUCAUAGCAAACAACUCAGGCGUGAAUAAGCGUCAGAUCACUGACCUGGUGGACCAGAGCAUCCAGAUCAACACACACUGUUUUGUGGUCACUGCUGAUAACCGCUACAUCCUGGUCUGCGGAUUCUGGGACAAGAGCUUCCGGGUUUACUCCACUGAAACUGGAAAGCUGACCCAGAUAGUUUUUGGCCACUGGGACGUGGUGACGUGUUUGGCUAGGUCAGAGUCCUACAUCGGAGGAGAUUGCUACAUCGUGUCAGGCUCCAGAGAUGCCACUCUUCUCCUGUGGUACUGGAGCGGACGACACCACAUCAUAGGGGACAACCCUAACAACAGUGACUAUCCUGCUCCUCGGGCCGUACUGACAGGACACGACCACGAGGUGGUGUGUGUGUCUGUCUGUGCAGAACUGGGGUUGGUUAUCAGUGGAGCCAAAGAGGGUCCGUGCCUGGUCCACACAAUCACCGGGGACCUACUUAGAGCCUUGGAGGGUCCGGAGCUGUGCCAGAGGCCUCGUCUCAUCUCAGUAUCCAGCGAGGGACACUGCAUCAUCUACUACGAGAGAGGCCGCUUCUGCAACUUCAGUAUAAAUGGAAAACUUCUGGCACAAAUGGAGGUCAACGACUCUUCGCGGGCAAUCCUGUUGAGUAGCGAUGGGCAGAACCUGGUGACAGGAGGUGACAAUGGAGUGGUGGAGGUGUGGCAGGCGUGCGACUUCAAACAGCUUUACAUCUAUCCAGGCUGUGACGCCGGCAUCCGCGCCAUGGACCUCUCACAUGACCAGAGGACUUUGAUCACUGGCAUGGCGUCCGGCAGCAUUGUGGCAUUCAACAUAGACUUCAACCGCUGGCACUACGAACACCAAAACAGGUACUGAGGUGGACAGUGUGUGAGCAAAGAGGAGGAUGGAGAGGGGAGAACAAGAGAGGGAAGAGGUGAGGCAUUCUGCUGCGUAUCUGCAACACGGGGAAACUACAGGUACCGAGACGAAGGAAAAAGUACCGGACCUUAGGCUCUACUCCCUUGCGAAGUUUACUUGAGUUGAGGAUGCGACAGCGCUGGUGGGAACGGCUUUUCCUCUCUGCAUACGUGUGUGUAACCACUGACACAUAAUACCCCGAAGAUACACGCCAAAACCCGCUAAUAACAUAGAAAGACUGCAGUGUGGGGGGAAAUAGAGCAAGUCAAGCAGACCUGGUAGAGGUCCGUCAUACCCGUACCACUCACAGCACUGGUACUGUUGCUGUUCCUGGUACGUUUAAUCCUCCACAGACAAAGAACCGUAAGUUUUUUUUUUUUUCCCUUUGUUUUUAGUGCGUUUGAAAAAAAAAUCUCAUUCUUUACUUUUCAUUCGAGCGGGAGUUCAGUACGAGAAUUAUUCGGGGUGGACAAUAAGUUAAGACUCCAUCGACGUGUCUGAUAAACUGAUUAAUGAUCAGUAAUGCCCCACCCACUAUUUAAAAACCGGUGCUAUUGGCUUAAUCUUAAAUUCUUGAAAAAUCUCCCUGGGUUAUAAUUUUAUUUUAUUUUUUAAAUUUUUUUUUAAUUUUCAUAUCCUUUUCUUUCUUUCUUUUUUUGUUGCUUUUACCCACAGCAGGGUUGAAUCAGAUUUUUAUGUAAAUACAGCUCUGCUUCCUUCAGAGCCUACACUUGUUCUUUCACUACACAAACUGCGCUUAUCACCUUUAAUUUAUUAAUGACUUGCUGUAUGUAAAAUACUGUGUAAUAAUUAUUAUAAUGUUGACGAGGCUGACGGUAAUAACAGGUGGUGUCGAGGAGGGCGAUCGUUUUUCGAGAGAUGGUUAAGAUAAAGAGAACUUGCCAGUGCCACCGAGGAUGACUACCACAAGACUGACAUGAUUUCCUUUGUAUAUUUGGUGAUUGUUUUGUCAAAUAUGUACAUAUAGUCUUGGUUCAGGCUUGGUGGGAGACCUAAUCAGCUGAAUAAGACUGGGAGCGCAAAGGAAACCUUCACUUACCCACAUUUGUUGAUUAUUUAAAAAAAAAGAAAAAAGAAGAGAAUCAAAUCAAUGUAAAAGUUUGUUUUGUAUUUGCACUUUGCACCAAUCACAUAUCAUUAUUUAUUAGCUUGGUUCUUUCUGGUCGGCUGCCAUUUUGUUUUAGGUCCAUUUUCCUACGGGAUUAUUUGUGCAUUGAUGUUUGUAUUUAAAGCGUUGAGCUCAUGUGUGAUUAUAAGUUUUACAACCUCACAGUUGUAAGCAAUAUCAUGAUUCUGUAGCUGAUAGAGGCGGGAGGGCGGGAGGAGAGAGGAUGAAAUGUGAGAUGUACCGUAUGUGUGAAGCCAUCUUGAUCAAAUGCGCACAUGCACAUACUCUAUCGACAGGUUCAACUUACGUAUCCAAAAAAAAAGGUUAAAUAUUUUUGGAUCUAUGAAACCCUAAAAACUAUUGUAUUCAUGUUUUAUUGCAAAGAUGUAAAAUAUGACAUGUGUGAGUUGGAAAAAAAAAAUCAUGAUAAGAAAAAUAAAAUAUGCAAAGAAUUUGA